AUGGCGAACUUACAGCAACAGAUAAAUGAGCUAGCCAACCAACUGAAUGAGCGAGACAAGGGUCAGUUCCAGAGUCAAAUACAGCCUCACCCUAAAGGUUCUUUUGAGGUAAGCACAUCUGGUGCUAAGCCAACUCAUCAUGUCCAGGACGUCACUACUCUCAGAAGUAGACGAGUCAUUGAUAAUCAUGUUAGUGAUGCUGAGGAGAAUGUGCAAGAUAGGAACCUGCCUACUAUUACACAGGUUACACCUUCAACACAAAAAGAAACCGAUGAAACCGAAAAAGGUGAUUCUGAAAUUUCUUAUGUUCCUCGCGCUCCUUUUCCUCAAGCAUUACUACCUCGUAAAAAAGAAGUCAGUUCUAAUGACAUCUUAGAAGUGUUUAAACAAGUUAACGUCAACAUUCCAGUCUUAGAUGCCAUUAAACAAAUUCCUUCUUAUGUUAAGUUUCUAAGAGAUAUGUGCACUGUGAAACGAAAAUUGAAUGUGCAUAAGAAAGCUUUCCUUACUGAACAGGUGAUCUCGAUUAUUACACAGAAAACUCCACCCAAAUUUAAAGAUCCAGAACUUGGUGAUUUGAAACCCACUAAUGUCACUCUCCAAUUGGCUGAUAGGUCAAUUAAAAUUCCUAGGGGAGUGGUAGAGGAUAUUCUUAUACAGGUUGAAAGUUUUGUUUAUCCCGUUGAUUUUAUUGUUUUAGAUACUCAACCUGUUUCUAAUCCUAGUGGGAAGAUUCCUGUCAUCUUAGGUAGACCUUUUUUGGCUACCUCGAAUGCGGUUAUCAACUGUCGCAAUGGAAUCAUGGAGCUUACUUUUGGAAAUAUGAAAAUGGAGAUAAAUGUAUUUAGCCUUUCAAAUUCGUCUGCGAUUUCUGAAACUUGUGAACAUGUAUGCGUGGUUAAUGGUGUGAAUGAUUAUACUCACUGCUAUAAUGAGAAUCUCGAAAACAUGUCUGAAAACUUUGCAGGUUGUAAGGAGUUAACAAAAACUGAAUCAUCAGAUAUUUUCUCAUCUUGUUUUGCCAAGCCUGAUGAACUAGUUUUUCGUGAGACUAGUAGUAGUUAUUAA